AUGAGUGCGCCCAAUGACGUCGAGAACGGCCCUGUGCCGGUUGGGGUGCACAUGGUCGGUUCUGUACCCUUACCGUCGGCUAGCGAUGUCUUCACAACGCUUUCAGAUGCACUACCAGGACGCUUGCAGCGGAUGCCGGAUGGGGAGACCGGCAGUCGCCAGCAGUUUGUAGUCUUCCAGCGCGAGGUUUUUGCCGCUGCACCUCAGGUACUCCGACAGUAUGACUCCAGUUUCAAUUCUGUCAACGGCCCGGUACCUAGCCAGAGCGAGCUGGACGCAGCUGUGGAAGCAAUUCAGCAGUCGGGCACGGCUUCAACGCAUUACGAUACCAAUGCUUUCGAGUCGUAUAAAUCCUUCAAGUCAUUACAGGAUGCGGGCAAAAUUCCCAGCACUGUGAAAUUCCAGGUCUCGCUGCCGACACCUAUCAAUGUCCUCUGCAUCGUUGCCGAGGGCUAUCAGGCAGCCGUCGAGCCUCUCUAUGAGGAACUGCUGCUCGAUGCGCUUCGAAACAUCCAAUCUACAAUUCCCCACGAGUCUUUGAGCAUCCAAUGGGAUGUCGCCGCCGAGUUCGCCAUGCUCGAAGGUGUCUUCUGGCCACACUUCAAACCAUGGUUCUCCCCUAUCCGCGAAGGUAUCAUUGAACGCGUCUCGCGUCUUGUAGAUGCCGUCGAUCCAGAUGUUGACGUCGGCCUACAUCUUUGCUAUGGCGACAUCGGUCACCGGCAUUUCUUCGAGCCUGCGGACACGGCGAAGCUGGUCGAUAUCGCCAACGCUGUCGAAGCUCGAGCCAGCAGGUCUCUCACCUAUGUGCACAUGCCAGUACCCCAGCAACGCACCGAUGCCGCCUAUUUUGCACCGCUACAAGACCUCAAGCUUGCCUCGGGAAGCCUGUUCUUGGGCCUUGUCCACUACAACGAUAUCGAAGGCACCAGACAACGGAUAGCCGCCGCGACAGGAGCCUUGAAAGGCAGCCAAUAUGGAGUCGCUACCGAAUGUGGCAUGGGUAGGACGCCGCCUGAGCAGCUGAGCUCUAUCCUUGAAAUUUCUGCUGCGGUCACGGGAGUCUACGGCAAUUAA